GGCAUGAGCCAUGACGGCUCAAAUAGUCGCUCGUCGCACCCUCUGGCUUCGCCACUGGCAAGCUGAUUCAGCGGCCAGAUCGAAUCUGUCCAGGGCUCCUUACUCCGGAUCUCUACUCUUCGGCGAGGAAGCUCUAAAGGCAGUGCUGGUUGAUCCAAAAGAUGCCCACAAACCGGUUCUGGCCACAGUCAAGAACAGCGACCACAGGCCCUUCAGGCGAUUUCCUUCCUUCCGUUCUAACCAGCCCUUUCGAGGAACGCGGCCAGGAGGACGAGGCCGCGACUUCAGAUCCUAUGACCCCAACGCAUUCAGGGGCUCCUGGAACCGACGCUUCCAGGGCAGAGGCCUACGGCUGGCUUGUCAACUUCGACAAAAGCCAUCUCCAACCAACCCAACGCCUACUACAUCUAGGGGCAAUGUUGGACACCCUGCAGGCAAUGGUCUUCUUGGCUCCAGAUCGCAUCACUGCCAUCACAAGCAUCGCAAGGUCCCUGAUGCAACAAACAUCCGCAGACGUCAUGCUUCUCGCCAGAGCGCUCGGGAUGUUUAUCUCUACAAUCCACAUUGUGCCAUGGGCUCGAGCCCACACUCGGCCCCUUCAAUGGAUUCUGUUACCUUUUCAAAAAGACAUUGCCAGCUCCAACCAUCGCAAAGUUCGCUUGAGCCCCGCACUGCGCCUCUCCUUCCGCUGGUGGACCAAGGUUCAACACCUCUCCAAGGGCACGUCGUUCAGAGAACCCCGCAGAACCGUUGUAACCACAGAUGCCAGCCUCAUAGGUUGGGGAGCCCACUGCAACUCCCAGUACGUUCAGGGGGUUUGGUCCAACACAGAGCAAUCUCAAAGCAUCAACUGGCUGGAACUAAAGGCUGUCCACUUAGCCCUAUGUCAUUUUCAAUCUCUGUUCCCUUUGCAUCAUGUGCUCAUUCGAACAGACAACACGUGUGUAAAAUCACAUUUGAACAGGCAGGGGGGCACCAGGUCUCGCCCUCUGCAGGACUUAGCCUCCCUCAUCUUUGUCUGGGCAGAACAACAUCUACAAUCCCUGAAAGCAGAGCACCUCAGAGGGAUUUGGAAUGUGACAGCAGACUGGCUCAGCAGACAACAGGUCUUUCCGGGAGAAUGGAAACUUCAUCCAGCCAUUUUCCAUCGUCUCCAGUGUCGGUUCGGCGCCCUCUCAGUCGACCUGUUUGCCUCCAGUCGCAAUUGCCAGCUUCCCAGGUACUUUGCCCGAUACCUGGACUCAACAGCAGAAGCAGUGGAUGCUCUGACAACACCGUGGCCAGACGGUCUAUUGUACGCCUUUCCUCCCAUACCAUUGCUAGCCAAAACCUUGAGGAAGGCGCGAACCGAAAGGGCACAGCUGGUUCUGAUAGCACCAUUUUGGCCACGCCGACCGUGGUUUUCAGAUCUUCUGGCAAUGUCAAUGAUGGAUCCUUGGACACUUCCAGUAAGGCCAGACCUUCUAUCCCAGGGUCCAGUACUGCACCAGGACCCUACUUGGUUCAAUCUAACAGCGUGGCGUUUGAACGGGGACAUUUGAGGUCAGCUGGACUGUCUGACGCUGUGAUUGAUAUUAUUUUGGCCUCGAGAAGACCAUCUACCACCCGUAUUUAUCAACAUACCUGGGUGGCUUUCUCCAAGUGGUGUCAGUCCCACCACCAUGAUCCAUCCCAGGCCACUGUGCAUCAGGUGCUCCAAUUUCUCCAUAGCGGCUUUAUGAUGGAACUUCGACCCAACACCCUACGUCGACAUGCGUCAACUCUGUCGUCCAUUCUCUCAGUGUCCUCUCCUGGAGAUCAUAUUUCCACACAUCCGUUCAUCAAACAUUUUUUGAGGGGAGUCGCCCUACGCUCUCCGGCUGUUGUCCAUCGGUUUCCCUCAUGGAGUUUGCCGAAGGUUCUGCAGGCUUUGCAACGUCCUCCGUUUGAACCCAUCAGGACUGUGCCUCUUCGUAUUCUGUCCUUCAAGGUCUUGUUCCUGAUCGCAAUCACAUCUGCUAGACGAGCUUCGGAGUUGGGCGCAUUGUCUUCCGCUCGCUAUCUCUGCGUCUUCCAUAAGGACUCUGUUGUUCUGAAAACUGAUCCUUCCUUCCGUCCCAAGGUUGAUUCAGUGUUCCAUUGCAACCAGGACAUUGUUUUGCCUUCCUUUUGCCCGAAUCCUACCCAUCCUCUCAAGAAGGCUUGGCAUUCGUUGGAUGUCCGGAGGGCUCUCAAGACCUACCUGUCUAGGACCCAGGAUAUACGGCGAACUGAGUCUCUGUUUGUAUCCUUUCAUCCAAGGUCUAUGGGGCAUAAAGUUUCCAAUCCUACCUUAUCCCGUUGGUUAAGGGCAUGUAUUACCUUAGCAUAUGAGUCUCUGAAGCUGUCAGUUCCAGCUAGUAUAACUGCUCAUUCUACCAGGUCAGCUGCCACUUCGGCUGCUUUUGCCACUAAUGCUCCUGUUGCCGAUAUUUGUAGGGCUGCAGUCUGGUCUACUCCACACUCGUUUAUAAGGCAUUAUAAAAUUGAUCGCUAUGCCUCUGCUGACGCUUCUUUUGGCAGACGAGUGUUGCAACAGGUUCUUAAUGAGGAUUAACACGUGGGUGGUCCCUCCCUGUAUGGGCUGCUGUGGUACAUCCCGCUGUGAUGGCCGGACUCAUAGGGAAAAUGGACCAUUGGUCUCACCUGAAGGGUGAUUUUCCUAUGAGUACGGACAUCACGACCCUCCCAGUUGGAGGAUGACUAUAUAUUUUCUAAUGUAUUAUAUGUUACUGUUACGCUAUUAUAUUUAAAUUUAAGAGUGAAGUCAAGACUUCUAGUUCUGUUAUACCGCUAUGUUGGAGUCAUGUUACUAUGCAUGGUACUAUUGUGUUAUUUUCCUGCUGCCAGGCCGGUUGGCCUUGUUCUUGUAUUUUUAGAUAUUUCUCCUUAGACUCGCUGCGAAUGAACUGGAGAGUGGGAGGGGCCUGACGCCCCUAGUCUUGACUUCAAAGACAUUCUUGCCUUCACACGAUAGGUGGAGCUAAAACCCGCUGUGAUGUCCGUACUCAUAGGAAAAUCAC